GGCCCGGGCUGAGGGGCCCUGGCCAACAUGGUGUGGGGGAGUCGCGCGCUGCUCCGGAAGGUCAGCGCGCCGCGAGCCCCGUGGCGGCCGCGGGGAGGGGACAGUCCCCGGCCGGAGUCUGGGGCCGGAGCUCCCCGUGUGAGCGGGGCUGGGGAUGGCGAAGAGGCGCAGCCUCUGGCGGGGGAAGGGGUCUGGGCCGACUGGCCACGCUCGCUCGCUGGGGGUCCCGCGCCUUGCUCCCCCUUGCCCCGCUCUUUAAUAGCGCCCGGCCGGCUCCCGUCGUCCAGCCCAGGGCAUGGUUUGCUGGGGAGCCCCCAGAGCCUGCGGCCGGGCUUCGGUGGGCUCAGCGUUGCAUUUACAAAUCCUCCCGGCGCUGGGGCUAGGAGAGCAGGGCUUGCUAGGCGGCCUUGGCAAGCCGCCGCCAGUUCCUUCUCACAACCUGCCCUGGAGCAGGGGAGGCAACUCAGGCGUUAGUUUCCUGAAUUAUUUUUUCACUGACACUUGGUAGGAUCAUGCCAGGGCUGGUGCUUGGGAGCUUACUAUGUGAAAGGCAGGUGGGAUAAAUAUGAAACACCAAUUUCACACUUCUUAUGUUGUUAGUAUGGCAACUUUAUAGAUGAUCUGAGAAUCUAUGUGAAAGGAGGAACUGGUGGAAUGGGGCAUCCUCGCUUGGGUGGAGAAGGAGGGAGAGGCGGUGAUGUCUGGCUUGUAGCCAAAGAAAAAAUUACCUUAAAGAGAAUUAAAGACAGAUUUCCCCAGAAACGCUUUGUAGCUGGAGCAGGAGCCAACAGUAGUGUUCCUGCACUGAAAGGUGAAAAGGGAACAGAUUGUGAAGUUGAUGUGCCUCUGGGAAUUUCAGUUACUUCCUGUGAUGGGAAACAGUUUGGAGAACUUAAUAAAGCAGGAGAGAGAAUACUGGUAGCUCGUGGAGGUAUUGGUGGCUGUUUGGUUACAAAUUUCUUGCCUUUGAAAGGCCAGAUACAAACAGUUCAUCUUGAUUUGAAACUUAUAGCAGAUGUUGGCUUAGUUGGAUUUCCAAAUGCAGGAAAAUCCUCUUUGCUAAGCAAGAUUUCUCAUGCCAAACCUCAGAUUGCAGAUUAUCCUUUCACAACAUUAAAACCUGAACUGGGAAAGAUCAUGUAUCCAGAUUACAAGCAGGUCUCAGUAGCCGAUCUUCCAGGAUUGAUUGAAGGUGCACAUGCAAACAAAGGAAUGGGCCACAAAUUCCUCAAGCAUGUAGAAAGAACCAAACAGCUUCUCUUUGUAGUUGAUAUUUCUGGGUUUCGGCUAUCUUCAAAAACUCGAUUCAGAACAGCUUUUGAAACUAUACUGCUUCUAACACAGGAGCUAGAAUUGUACAAAGAAGAGCUUCGGACAAAGCCCGCACUUCUUGCCGUUAAUAAAAUGGAUUUGCCUAAUGCACAAGAUAGCUUGAAUGAACUUAUGAAACAACUACAGAAUCCUCAAGACUCUUUACAUUUAGUGGAGAAAGAGCUGAUUCCACAGAGCAUCAUAGAUUUUAAGGAUAUUAUCCCUGUAUCUGCACAUACUGGAGAAGGAAUAGAGGAACUAAAAACCUGUAUAAGAAAAUCACUAGCUGAAGAAGCAGAGAAGGAGAAUGAAGAAUAUCAGAAAGAGAAACUUCGUAUUUUACAGACUUCAGAAGUAUAACAUAAUUAAAGGAGGGAAUCCGUUCUUGGAUAUUGGAUCCAUCUUUAGGAACAUCUGAGUUGAUUCUAAAUUUGUCUUUUGUCAAGAAUACAGUCCUCAUGAGAUUGAACUCGACUUCAUAGUUCUGACUCUAUGCCACUAUCAAUUGAACCUUCUUGUUUUGAAAGCAAAUCUGGAAUCUUAUCUGACACACAUUGUAAGAAAGGGGCAGUUUAAGAAAACUGUCUAAGAAUGUGAAAUGAAUAAUAUGCAGAUGUACAGUGAAUUUUCUAAAACAAAUACAUAGUCUUUUAUACAAGUGGGAUUUUUUUUUGUUCUUAAGCUUAUAGGUAUUCUUUAUUUCUUACCUACACACACCAAAGCCUUAAAGGAGAGUGCUUGAAAAUGGGAUUUUGCUUGAUAAUAGACUGAGCAUGUAAAAUAGUGCAUUGUCAUGAAGAACAUGGUACAUUGUAGAAGAGCUUUAGUUUUCUCUGAAACCCUUUUAUCUUUAAAGACAAGUGCUAGGA